AUCAGUUUUUCUUUUCUCUUUCCAACUUCGAACUUCAUUAAUUUUCUGUUUGUUUCUCACGAUUCUUCUCAUCAGAAAUUCAACUUUGGACUCCAAUCAUAUAGGCCUUCUUUUGAUUUCCGCGAAUUGAAUUCCGCUGUUAUAUGUUCUGUUGCUGGUUUUGGCCUUGAAUAUAAUUUGUGGUAUCUGAUAUUACUUGGAGCUUCUGGAUCUUUGGUUGGUCGGUGCUUAUUCUUGUUGUGCUCUUUAACUUCUAUAGGAUUAAAAUGUCGUCUCCAAGCAAGAGGAGAGAUAUGGAUGUCAUGAAGCUGAUGAUGAGUGAUUACAAUGUGGAGACAAUAAACGAUGGACUCAAUGAAUUUAAUGUGGAAUUCCAUGGUCCAAAAGAAAGCCUUUAUGAAGGUGGAGUUUGGAAAAUCCGUGUUGAGCUUCCUGAUGCUUAUCCAUAUAAGUCUCCUUCUAUUGGCUUUGUGAACAAGAUAUACCACCCAAAUGUUGAUGAGAUGUCUGGUUCUGUAUGCUUGGAUGUUAUCAACCAAUCAUGGAGCCCAAUGUUUGAUCUAUUAAACAUUUUUGAAGUUUUUCUUCCGCAACUCCUCCUUUAUCCAAAUCCUUCAGACCCACUCAAUGGUGAUGCAGCUUCACUGAUGAUGAAGGACCGAAAACAGUAUGAUCAAAAAGUGAAAGAGUACUGUGAGCGAUAUGCAAAAAAGGAGAAUAUUGCAAACUCCACUGCUGAAGAUGAGAGUGGCGAUGAGGAUAUUAGUGAAGAUGAAGGAAGUGCUUCGAGUGAUGAUGAUAUUGCUGGCCAUGCAGAUCCAUAAUGAUCUGUGAGGCUUGCCAUCUUGAAUUGAACUACUUGAUAGAGCAGCAAUGUAUCCUUAUUACAGCCCCAUCUGUUCAGUUAUAUUCUAGUUUUAGCAUGUAAUACCGUAAGAGUUGUUUCCCACCAUAAAGAAAGGAGUUGAAUUCAAUUUUAAUAUAUCAGAAUAUGAGGGCUCAUAUUGAAGAUGAAGGACAAUAAGAAAUUGAUAAGCUGAUCAAAAGUGGUUUUUUUUAUUGCA